AUUAGGACAAAUGGACAAAUUUUUAAAAUGACUUACAUCACUUCAUAAGUGUUAUACAUCAUUCUAAAAAUUUGUCCAUUUGUCCUAAUUUGAAAUGGGACAUAAGGACAAAUGUCCGUUUGUCCCUUUUGGCAAUGGGACAUCAGGACAAAAUAUCCUUUUGUCCUAAUUUGAAAUGGGACAUCAGGACAAAAUGUCCGUUUGUCCUAAGUUGAAAUGGGACAUUAGGACAAAUGUUCGUCUGUCCCAAAUUAAUAAAAGGACGUACGGACACGAAAUGUUCGUCCUCUGUCCGUCCGUUUGCCACCUUUAGUUCGGAGUUUGAGUGUGAAUUAAUCUGUAGAAUAAUUUUGUGUCAGCCCAAGAAGUAAAAACAUGUUCCAGAAUUUCCUUAGGAAGAGUCACAUAAUAAAAGAUUUUGUCAAUACGAAUCAAAUAUGCCCGAGAAAUUUUUCGAUAUUAUCACCAUAUCACAAGAGUCACAAUGUACUCUUAAAACAGAAGGCUGCGCGUAUACCAUGUAUUCAUCCAUACAUUAGGCGAAAUUUUAUUGGUUUUGUUCCUGACAGAAAAGAUGGUUAUAAAACACAGAAAGAAGAACCUGAUCUAGAGCACAUCAAAUACGGCUUGAAGCAAUUUAAAAACGAACUUAAAUUGUGGAUAGAAGAAAUAAAAGACACAUUACGUGCAGAUCCUUUGAUGAUUUGUCCGCCUGGCGAGAUCGAUACGGUCUUCGAAUUUGGGAAACAGGAAGACAUAGACAAAUUCGUUGUAACAAGUGAUAGUGACCAUAAUGAGGGAUACAGUCAUUGUUCAUUGAAGAUUAAUCAGUCUGGUUACGGUUCAUUCAGUGGCAUCUUAGAUUCAACAGUUCCAAAACAGGGAAAAAUAUCAAGAGCUGGUUAUUGUAAUAUAACAAGUCUUCGUGUGAAAAAAUCAUUUCAACGCGAUUCAUAUUAUGAUUGGAGCCCAUAUAAUGCACUAGUAUUGAGAAUUCGGGGUGAUGGUCGACCGUACUCAUUGAAUUUGCACUCAGAUGGUAUAUUUGAUGUAACAUGGCAUGAUACAUAUAGUUAUAUCUUAUACACACGAGGUGGUCCACAUUGGCAGUUAACAAAAAUACCAUUCUCCAAAUUUUAUCUGGUUGCUAAAGGAUGUAUACAAGAUAAGCAUUGCUAUAUGUCGAAUAUUCGCGUUUCACGAAUUGGCAUCACAGCUGUGGGACUGAACUGGAUGGAUGGAGAAUUCAAUUUGGAAAUCGACUAUAUCGGUGUGGAAAAUAACCCAUACCAUACUGAGGAAUCAUCCUAUGAAAUGUACAGAGUACCAAAUUUCAUAGCAGGCACCUAGUGAUCCUUAACAAUUCUAUAUAAAUCUAGGUUCUUCAAUGUAAUAGUUUUAUUAACUAAAAAAAAUUCAACGUUUUUUUUAAUCAUACAAUGAAUUAGUGUUUCAAGAUGUUUU